UAACAGUCAAAACAGUCCACUGGGCAUGGUGAAUACAAUAGGAGCUCAAUUCUAGAGCCCUAGAUUCACUUAAUAUAUUGUGUUAUAAGAAUUCUGUGUUAUCAACCCGCCGACAUGUCCCUAUGCUGAGUAUGCUCAAACAAGACCCGGAUGGCGUUGGAAUAGCUGGGUGGCACUUUAAAGGAUUUCACCUGCAACUCCAGCAGAUUCAACACCUUCGCGACCUAGCCUUACCAUGCCGAAUACCGCGUACCACGAAUAACCCACAUAGAACAAUCAAACUUGAUCGAAGAAAACGUAUAAUAAACUAGCACCCCAAUCCCCCAAAAAUGCAGACGCGCAGCCAAAAGCAGAGAAUGGCAGCUGCCGUCAACACAGACGCAUACCAACCAUUCAACGACGAGAUCUACCUAAACACGGUCGAAAACAUCCUCUCCGACGAACAUACUUACAAUAUCAGCUUUGAUGAGUACAAAUCAAGUCUUCUGGGAAUUGGCGAAGGUGGAGAAGAAAUAAAGAUGCAAGGGUUAGACGGCGCGCGCGACGACGAGUCUACAUAUGAGCUGUCUACAAAUGCAAAUACGUCGGAGAAGACAGGUAAUAAUGGUACAAGUAAUGGACGGGCGCAGUCGUCGGGGAAGAGGAAAUCGCCUUAUUUCGCGUCGGGUCGUGUUACAUGCGCAAAGGCUGCUGCGACGCAGAAAUUGAUUACAAGGGUUGUGGAGGAUCAGUGUGAGAGUGAGACUGAUUUGGGGGAGCUUGCACCUGAACCUGAACCUGAGACUACGCCUGCGCCUGCACUUGAACUCGAGCCCGAGCCCGAAGCAGAUGCUAUGAAUUUCGACAACGCUGAUCAUGACGGCGAAAUGGAAAUAGAUACUGUCCCUGUUCUUCAGAAUGACGACGUCCACGAAACCGAGUCAAACAACAAUCUACCCGUCAACGAAGCCGGUAUCCCGGAAGAUAGAAUACUAGCAUCUCUUGGAUCGGACCAGCAAUCCGAGUUGCUUGGAUUGAUAGAGUCGCAUCCUUUUAUGAAGGGACAUGGAUAUCCGGUCGGACGGUGCGCCAGGCGGCAGUUCGUGGGCGAUGUGCGUGGGAAGGCAGAUACGUUGGGAUUAAAUCAGUCUGCCGUCAACGAGCUAGUGAGGUUCAUCAGAAGGAUCUAUCUCGAGACCUGGGCGGAGGGACAUGGUGUCGACGACGAUCUUUCGGAGUUUGGAGAAGAAUUUGACGAAAAAGAUGAGGCCUUGUUCAGGAAGGAACGAAAGAGAAAGAGACGCGCCGAAAAGGACAAGGAUAAGCCAGAUAAGAGCAAGAAGGAGAAACGCUCGAGACCAGAGAACGGCACGAUACAAGUUGAAGCGGCUAAACCCGAAACCAUCAACAUUAAAGAUACAGCGAGCGUUCUGCCAAACUACGCGCCUCAAUUAAACGUGGAUGGUGAUUUUAUAGCUAUUACCCCGCCGAAAUCGCCCGAGUCUACCAAAAAGAACGCUGUCUCAAAAUAUGAGUCCAAAGAUAGUAAUAAUGCUCCUGCUUCGUCGAUCCACAGCAGCCCCAACAAGAGCAGAUAUUCUGAUUUGAGAUUAAAAGCAGAGCUGAUUCCUCUUGAUGACGAGGUCGAAAACGAACCUGAUACACGAACUGCCACCGAAACAGAUGCCCAGGAAUCUACUGCCGCACAACUAGUUCAACCAGCUCAAUCGACAGCUCUCCCCGAGAGGAUCCGUGUGAGCGGCAAACCUCAUGAAGAAAACCAUCUGGCCGACUCAGACCGAGGCCUACGGAAUCACUCAAUUUCUCUUGACGAUGACAAUAAUAAUGUGGACGAUGCUGGCAAACCGGGGGCCAGUGAGGAAGCCAUUGCUUCUCCCAAGCCACCGAAGUUGACGUCGAAAACAAAGGAGAAUGAAAGAAAGCCUCGUGAAGGCAUGCAUAACUUCAGCGAGAAAAAUACUCCUAAGCUUGAUUUCAGCAACGAAGUGGUCGCUAUUAUUGAUCCCGCAUUGUUUGAGCCGAAGACGAAAAAGACACGAGCAGAAAGGGAGAGACAAAGGGUUCCAGAUGUCAACGAGAUUCUUGCCACCACGACUCUGCCUGGAGUGAUGUCAGUGGAGGAGAAGAAAACAGAAAAGAAUCGGCGCAAGCGUCUGAAGCGAAAACAAAAAAAGCGAGAUUUGAAGAAUCAAGAGCAAUCUGAACAGCGUUCUAGGAGGCAACCUGAAGGGCCUCAACCUGAUCCUAAGGAGAAUGCUGAAAACCACCGUCUGAUUGCGGACGACCCUGAAGACGAACCAAUGGCUUAUUCGAACAUCUUGGAAGAUCCGCAUUGGGACUUGGAUUUAUAGAAACCGAGGAUUCGCGCCGUGUAAUCGCGGGCGAGGAGGUGAGAUCCAAGUAUUUUGAUACUUCACAGAAAGAGAGAUCCAUCAAAAAACCGUGCAUUUGCAACAAAGCUGAAUUCCAACCUACAGAACAAAAGAAUUCAGUACCAGAGGAAACACGUCUUCUGGAAAAGCUCGAUUUCUUUUCUGACUUUCUUUGUUCCGACUCAGAUACGUGUCUUGGUGAUGGGCCUAGCGAUGUCAGUUCUAUUGCUGGAGAUAAGGAGACCAAUUCCCAUUCAGCUGU